GGUCCCCUUUGGCGCCACACGUCCGUACGUCCACACAAAACACAUUAUGCCGUGGGGACCUCGGAACACGGGUGAUCGACUGCUUGAACCAUAACUCUUGACCAGUGCAGCGCUGCCAUCCCUGGCACAACUGGACUCCGGUUGCGAUCAAGGAUGGUAGAAGCAUUUCGACGGGUUCGCGCUGCAGCCAUAGACGGAAGAGCGCACAAUGUGUACUUCCGACAGAUACAACUCGAAUCUCUAUUCAAGACUAUACAGAGCAAUGUCGGCCAGAUACGCAAUGCUAUCAAGGCGGACUACGGGCAUGCCGAUGGCGAGAUAGCCAUUGAGCUCAAUUUGACGACCAAGGCUCUCCGGAGAGAUUAUGCCAGCUUAGAGCCGAAGAAGUUGCUGGAGGAAGAAUACAGGGUUGCGCACGGCAAGAACUCACCAUCUGCAAGGCGGCCAGUGGGCGUUGUUUAUAUCGAACCGUGCGCGCAUACCCAGUUCUUCUCAGUCAUUGUGCCAUUGAGCGCUGCGAUUGCCAGUGGCAACUGCGUUAUCAUUCUGCUGGAGAACAACCUAAGAGCGGUUACGAGCAUUCUCCGAAAGAUCCUGCCGAAGGCGCUGGACCAGGACAUCUUCACAAUCGCAGACUCACCAGUGAAAGACCAAGAGCUCUUGGAUGCUUCCGUCCUAGUCAAUGAGCAGAGCAGUGAGCGAUGGCCGCGUGCGAAUCAGCUUUCGUCGCCUCGAAUGCGCCGCACGGUUGCUGUAGUGGACAGGACCGCCAACGUGCAAAGAGCGGCUCGCGAGUUGACAGCUGCAAGGUUCAGCUUCGGCGGUCGCAGCCCAUACGCCCCAGACAUUGUGCUUGUCAACGAGUUCGUCAAGGACAGCUUUCUAGAUGCUGUCUUGAUGGAGUAUCCUGAGCUCGGCAGAGACACGUUUAUGAACGGUAAUGCAUCGAGUAAGCCUGCAAUAUCGGCCAAGGCCUUGGAGUGGAUGCGAGAGAAGGACUCUGGUAUACGCAUCAUCCGUGAAGGAGCACGACAUGCUCUGGCGGAACUCACGCCGCGUAGCUCUCCAAACCUGCUGCGGAAGUUCGAAGGUCCUGUCAUGCUGAUACACGCUGUCACAAGCUUGGAUGAUGCCAUCGAUCUCGUCAACAGCAUUACUCCGAAUGAACCUAUUCUGGCAGGUUAUUAUUUCGCGAAUGCUUCGACCGUCAAGUACCUGGACCAAUUCGUUGACUCCACACUCUCGCUCAUUAACCAUGUUCCGACCGAACUGCUUGUUGGACCAGCCUACCCGGCAACGCAUGCGAUCGAUUUGGCGGUGAGAUAUCCACAAGAGCUGUUCACUGUAGGCAAGCCAGCAUUCGUCGGAGCGAGCAAGCCAACGCCGCUGCUAGCAGCGUUAGCCUCCUCGAGCGACGAAGCCGCACGGAAGCUACUCGCUGAGGCGACAGCACCGCUCGCGCUCAUUAAGCGGCAUCCAGGCGGAGGGGUUGGGUUCUUCGAACAGGGUUUCUUGUUGAAUGCGGGCCUGAUACUUGGCACAACUCUCAGCCUUUCCGGUGUUGGUCUGUACUAUGGAAUGAAAUACGGGAGGCGUUUUUGGUAGGGAUUACUGGUAUCGUGACGUAGCGGUGUCUCAAGACUUGUGCGCAGAGCUUCCUGUAAGACUAACUUCGGAGUCAUUUUUGUGGAAGGAGGCCACAAGGUGGGAUCGACCCACGUGAACUUGUUUCAGCAAAGCAUUGCGCGCC